UGCAUGUAUCACAAAUUUAUUUUUGUUUAUAUGUCCCGAAUAUAUGAACUUGUGAUUUUGUCACUCGUUUGGACAUUGCUUAGUGAUGUGCGUUGAGUAGCAAAGUUUUUUCAGGACUCUGUGUCUGAAGCGUAUGCUAAAAUAAUUAUUCUGUCAUUUGAUAGGUUGUAUAUUAAAGUAAUUAACGCAGCUUAGGUAUAUUGGAAAGAUUGCCUUCACCACUUUAAAAUCUCAAUCAUCAAGUGAAAAUUAUAAUUCCAAUUCCUUACACAGGUUUAUAACCUUCAUUUGACCCUAGUUGUUAGGUGGACAGCCUCAAGGUCGGUCUAGCGUCGCUUAGUGAUCGCCCGUAAAUUGUAGUUUCACCAACAUUUAUGCAUCAAACCUUGCUUACUAUACUGAGACAGAAAUGAAUUAAGCACUGUCAUUUUUUUAUAAAUGCUUUAUGUUCCCAGUUACUUGAUAAGUAACAUUUCAAAUGCAAUAUAGCAUUAUAUAAUUAAUACAAAAGUCCCGAUAAUUUGCUUGACUACCGUGUACUGUGUAGCGGUAAAACUGCUCAUGAAUUACUGUUUUCUAUUUUUUAGAUGUCUUUAUACCCUUCUCUCGAAGAGUUAAAAGUACAGUCUAUUAUUGAUAGUCAAAACAAUGGACCUUCAACUCCGCAGUCUGACUGUCAAAGGCCAUUAUCACAAAUUAACCCCACUUUACCUGGAAAUUGCAAUAUGGAUAAUAAUAUAUCUUCCUACAACAUUUGUGGUAGACCUGUUACCUGCGUAUCUACAAUAUCUGGCAUUUUUCCUCAAUCUGGUAUGGGCUGUGGGGUCAGUUCAAUGUCAAUUGCUCCUUUUACACCAAGCGGAGCGCUUUGUCUACCGCUUCCAGCACCAUUUGAUUGCGUAGAUAUAAAACCAGGAGUUAGACUUGUUACUCUUUGUAAAAAUGAAUUCGGUAAAGUCGGAAUUCAGCUUAAAGAAAUACAGAAAGGUAUAUUUAUUUCAUUUGUGGAGGGAUUUUCACCAGCUGCACUUGGCGGUGUGCGUUUCGGAGAUCAAGUCCUGGAAAUUAAUGAUAUUUUAGUUACAGGUUGUUCAGGGACAAGAUCAAUGGAAAUAUUGAAAAAUUCAACUCCUAACAACAUAAGACUUGUAUUACGUGAUCGUCCAUUUGAACGUGUUAUUACUGUGCAUAAAGAUAGUUUAGGUGCAGUUGGUGUACAUGUUCGUAAUGGUUUAAUUAAAGCAAUUGUUAAAGACUCAAGUGCUGCACGUAAUGGUUUAUUAACUAAUCAUCAAAUUAUUGAAAUUAAUGGACAAAAUGUUGUUGGUUUAAAGGAUAAAGAUUUAUUACAACUUAUGGAGGAAUCAAAAACUCCAAUGAAAAUUACGAUUAUACCAAAGACAUUUUAUGAUAAAUUAACUAGAAGUCUUCCAACUGGACAAUUACGAUUACAAAUGGAUCGUUCAUUACCUUUUGUUUAAAUAUACAUAUAACAAUUAAAGAUAUUUCUAUUCAGUAUUUAUUUUCAUUAAAUUAACAAUGUGAUAAUGAUCAUGAUAAUGAUGUUAUGAUCCGAAAUAAAACGAUGGAUUCAUUGAGAUUUAUCGUCCUUACUGAAUUUGUUCGUGAACAAUUCAAUGAUCUUCUUUCACUUAUUUCCUUUAGUUUAUUCUUCCAAAAAAAAGUGUUUCUAUAUGAGUUAUUUUGCACGAUUGUUAACAAUGAUGUUAGUAAUAAUGGGAAGUAUUAGGAUAACACUGAUAAUUGAUUAUACUUAACAUUGGGUACAAACAUACUCAAGUAUUAUUACCAUUAUUAUUAUUAUUAUUAUUAUUAUUAUUAUUAUUAUUAUUAU